CAGAACGUUCAAUUUAACUCACCCAGCAGAAAGAUGAUGACGACGCGUAAAAAGAUCACACCCAUGUUCAACGAUUAUCUGUACGAAGCCAUCCGUCGGAUCGCCAUCGAGCAGGGCUUCACGCCGGAUCUGUUCUCGGUGGACUUCGACGAGGAGACCUGCAUCGAGUGCGAUGGGUUUGUGAGUUUCGUGUUCAAGGCCAUCGUCUACGGUGACGAUCGGGAGUUUGUGCUGUGGUGUAAAGUUCCGCCGAAUGACGAUCAGCGCUCGUUGGCCCUGUUCAAGAGGGAGGUGUUCUUCUAUCGGGAAAUUCUGCCGGCUUUCUACGAGUUUCAAGCGGAAAAAGGGAUCUGCCGGGAGAGGGGAGAGGGAUUCUACAGUGCCCCCAAGUGCUAUCUGGCGCAUUGUGAAGUGGAGAAGGAGGAACCGGAGGCAGUGAUAAUUUUGGAGUACGAUGAGAACUACGAAAAGUGGGACUGGGACAAAUUGGAACCGAUCAAUUUGGAGCACACAAAACUGUUGAUGGAGCAGCUGGGGCGGUUACACGCUAUUUCUUUUGCCAUGAAGGAACAGAAGCCGGAAGCGUUUGAACAUUUUAAACUGAAAGAUGUUUUGGCGGAAAGGAACGAUCUGGUUACGCUGAUGAAGGAAUCGUUUGACCGAGCUCUGACUACGAUGAAAACGCGGUUUGCUGCAGAACAGGAUAAGAUUCAGCAGAUAAAGGACGAUGUGUUUCGGGAGUUGACGGCUUGUUCGGACCCGGAGAAGACCGAGCCAUACUGCGUCGUCAGCCAUGGCGAUUGCUGGAUCAAUAAUCUUAUCUACUCGCAUAACGAGAACAACACCGCCAUCAGUGUCGUCCUCACCGAUUGGCAAUCGUCCCGGUACGCUAGCCCGUUCCUGGAUCUGGGCUACUUCUUCUUCUUGUGCUCCGGUGCCCAGUUCCGUUUGGACCACAUGGAUGCUCUGCUGCAGCACUAUCACAACGCACUCAAGGACCUACUGGAUCGCUUGGGUGGAGACACGGCUCGUCAGUUCCCAUUCACCGCACUACUCCGGUUGGUCAAACCCUACCGGGAACUGCUGCUGGACGGUUAGUUGCGGGAGUUGGAAUUUAUGUUUCGAUCUAAUAAAU